AUGCCUAAUUAUAUCAAAUCUGCCGCUCCUAAGCCCCAUGCAAGGCCAUUAAGCACAAGUGUCCCAGCAAUUGUCAAGGGUGUCAUCGACGAUAUUAGAAGUAAUGGGGAUGCCGCUGUACGACAAUACUCGGAAAAGUUCGAUAAGUGGUCGCCUGUAUCCUUCAAGCUGUCAGAGGAGGAGAUAAAAGACAUCAUUUCUCGAGUCCCGGAGCAAACUAUCAAGGACAUCAAGGAAGUGCAAGAAAAUGUGCGCAAAUUCGCUAUUGCACAAAGAAAGUCCAUUUCGGAUAUCGAGAUUGAGAUCCAGCCUGGUGUUCAUCUCGGGCAUAAAAAUUUACCUAUCAGUUCUGUUGGCGCUUACAUCCCUGGUGGCCGCUACCCUCUCCUCGCAUCCGCGCACAUGACUAUUCUUACGGCCAAAACCGCUGGAGUUUCAUAUGUAGUAGGGUGCACGCCACCAAUCCUUGGCGAAAUCCCUAGCUCCACUGUUGCAGCCAUGUAUCUAGCUGGUGCAGAUGAGAUCUUUAUCCUAGGCGGGGUUCAAGCUGUUGCUGCGAUGGCAAUUGGUACUGAAACAAUGCGCAAGGUAGAUUUUAUCGCCGGACCGGGCAAUGCGUUCGUCGCCGAGGCAAAGAAGCAGAUGUUCGGCGACAUUGGUAUCGAUCUCUUUGCUGGACCCACGGAGGUCCUUAUAGUUGCCGAUGAGGCUGCAGAUCCUUUCACUAUUGCUACUGAUUUGCUAUCGCAGGCAGAACAUGGUCCAGACACUCCUGCUGUCCUUAUUACUACGUCGGAGGAUAUUGGUAGGAAAACGAUUGAGAUAGUUGAUACACUGCUUACUAGACUCCCGACCGCUGAGCUGGCAGGGGAGUCUUGGAGGACAUUUGGUGAAGUGGCUAUUGUGGGAGAUUUAACAGAGGCCUAUGCCCUUGCCGACGAGUAUUCUAGCGAGCAUGUUCAAAUCCUUACAAAACGACCUCGCGAGGCUCUAGAAAAGAUGAGGAAUUAUGGCGCGUUGUUCUUGGGUGAAAAGACUUGUGUUUCUUUUGGAGAUAAGGUCAUAGGGACAAACCAUGUACUUCCAACCCGUAAAGCGGCUCGGUAUACUGGAGGCCUGUGGGUAGGAAAGUUUCUUAAGACGGUAACAUACCAGGAAGUGACGUCCCAGGAGGCAAGUGGGAGAUUAGGGAAACUAUGUGGACGAGCAGCUCGUGCAGAAAAUUUUGAGGGCCAUGCUCGCUCAGGAGAUCUAAGGGACCAUCUGGCUACCGGUAGCGAGUAUGAGUGGAUAAAAUAG